UGUGGCCCUGCUGAGAAGGUCCAGGAAUGGCUGAGGCUCGGCUGUGUCUGCUCACCAUGAAAAUCCUCCUGGUCUCUGCCUCCCUCGUGGCAGCCGCCUGCAGUGUGCAGCUCUUCGUGGGGGACCAGGUCCUCCGCAUCAUGGCCAGCAAUGAGGAGCAGAUUGCCGUGCUCAGGGCGCUGGGCGAGCAGACAGAGCUGCAGGUUGACUUCUGGCGUCACCCUUCCAGCCCUGGCCACCCAACCGACCUGCGGGUGCCCUUCCCCAGCCUCCAGGCAGUCAAAACCCUCCUGGAGUCCAAUGGCAUUUCCUACAGCAUCAUGAUCCAGGACCUGCAGAAACUAGUGGAUGAGGAGAAGAAAGCCAUGGCGAAGCCAAGGAGGACAAAGAAGAGCACCAGCACGUUCAAUUUUGCCUCUUACCACACGAUAGAUGAGAUCUACGACUGGAUGGACACGCUGGUGGCCGCUCAUCCCAACCUUGUCAGCAAGCUCCAGAUCGGGCAGAGCUAUGAGAACAGAUCCCUGUAUGUGCUGAAGUUCAGCACCGGGGGAUCCAACCGGUCGGCCAUCUGGCUGGACACUGGUAUCCACUCCCGGGAAUGGAUCACACAAGCCACUGGUGCCUGGACAGCCAACAAGAUCGCUGAGGAGUACGGCCAGGACCCCUCUGUCACCGCCGUCCUGGACAGCAUGGACAUCUUCUUGGAGAUCAUCACCAACCCCGAUGGCUUUGCCUACACCCACAGCUCUAACCGCAUGUGGCGCAAGACGAGGUCCAUCAAUGCCGGCUCCCGCUGCAUCGGUGUGGAUCCCAACCGGAACUGGGACGCUGGGUUUGGAGGCUCUGGCUCCAGCAGCAACCCCUGCUCUGAGACCUACCGUGGUCCUUAUGCCCACUCCGAGAGGGAAGUGAAAGCCAUUGCAGACUUCAUCCUUGGUCAUGGGAACGUGAAGUUGGUCAUCUCCAUCCACAGCUACUCCCAGAUGCUGCUUUACCCCUAUGGCUACAAGACAGCACCCGCACCCGACCACCAGGAGCUGCAUGAAGUGGCUAAAAAGGCAGUGAGUGACUUGGCUGCUGUGUAUGGGACAAAGUACACCUACGGCAGCAUCGUGAACACCAUCUACCUGGCCGAUGGCACCACCAUUGACUGGACCUAUGACCACGGGGUGAAAUACUCCUUCACAUUGGAGCUGAGGGACAUGGGGUACUAUGGCUUCCUCCUGCCCAGCACCCAGAUCAUCCCCACUGCUACUGAGACCUGGGCAGCGCUGCUGAACAUCAUGGUCCACGUCCUGGAGCAUCCAUACUGAACCCUCCUAUCAAUAAACAGACCUGGAUUUAA